AUGGACGACUUUUUCGACGAUUUAAUUUGUUUGGAUGAGGAAGGUGAUUCUGAGGAUCCAGCAGAGGAAACAAUGUAUGUGACAGAUAAAGUUUUGAAAGCGGAUGCAGACGAUAAAUAUAUGAAAGUAGAUGUGACUAAAAAAUUAGUGAGAGAAACUGCAGUUGACAUAUCUGUGGAGCAUGGAAAGUUCAAACAUCUAUCUAUGUUCAAGUCUUCUCCUAAAUUAGAAAGUCAGUCGGAGCAAUGUGGAUCUAGCAGAAAAGAAACACGACAUCAAUGUGACCGGAAACAGGGAUCCAAAUAUAAUAGUACACGAAUUAGUAAACAUGAAAAAACAGAAUCUAGAAAAAAUAAAGUCAAGAAUACGGACAAUCUCCCUAAUGUUAAAGGUGAUGCUAGUGAUGGUACGAAAUCAGUAAAGGAUUCAUAUGUGCUUUACUCAUCCAGAAAAGAACAGAAUGGGGUCGGCAUUAGCUAUGGAAUUAAAAAAGAGAAUUCAUCACUGGUUUGUGACGGCAAAGAUUGGCACUCUCUUUGCGAUGAUGUCCGCGAGGAUUCCGUACGAUUAGCUGCAAGCACGAAUGAAUCUGUCACUGAAAAAGCGAAAGAACAUGUACAGCAGAAAUGGAAAAGAACGGAAAAGAUUGGUAACAAAUCAAGUUCGCAGCAUCGUACUAGCAGUUCGCUUCAAAACAAAGAAAUACGGAAUAAAUAUGAUGGUAGGGAGCAUGGACAGAAACAGUCGUUAAAAUGGAAAGAUCAUUUGAAAAGACCUCACCAUGGCGAGGCAAGUCAUCUUGAGAAAGACAGAAAAUUUUCACGAUAUGGAAAUAGUUUGGUGGGGACUUCAGAAUAUUGCAGCAACACGAGACGUCUGAGGAGCGAGCAAAAUAGAUUUGAAAGAGAUAAAUAUCGACAGUUGAAUAGUUCACGCAUGGACGUCCGAUUAUUGAACGAGGCCGUCAUUAAAGUCCUGCUCUGUGAGGAAUAUGGAGUUAAUACUAAUAUUGAAGUAGAAUGUGGCUUGGAACAGAAGAUGCUGUUAAAAUUGAAUACUUGGGACUUGCUGUAG